AUGCAUGAUGAUGUGUUUAAAGUGGACCAGGCAUGCGCUCUUCGGCUUCCAACAAACACAAUGAUAUUUAGCCAUAUGUGGAAGGCGUUGUGCUGGCGCAACAACAGCAACGACACUCCAGAGCCAUCUUCCAAAUACAAUCCCAACCCUCCAGCUCCUGCUGCUCCUACAAAAGCAGCCCCAUGUACUAAUCCUGCAGCACAUGAUCAUGAUCAACCAGAUGAGAGUGAUGAGGGCUUAAAGCCACCACAUGAUAGUUCCUCCUCAAGUGCUGGGCUUCAAGAUCAACCAGCCACAAGCCCCUCGGAGCCCAAGGGUGACAGAAAAAAGAAAGGGAAAAGAAAGGGGACUGGUGGGAGAUCAGACUGUGAUACUUUCGACGUUCGUGGGAAUACCAUUACCGGAUGCAAAGGCGGUAAGAUCGGAAUUUUCGACUUUGGCAACACCUAUACAUGA